GCCGUUAGAAAAGAUGUUUCUAUGUACGAUACUUGAAAGAGGGAGAAAGAAUUUUUAUAAAAAUAAACGAGAUAUUGAAAGGGGAAAAUAUCUGGCGGGAGUAACUAUUAAUGAUCUUUUACAUCUCAGUGAAGUGAAACGUAAAGAGGACCAAGAAUAG